UCCUCACUGACUGCCAAAGCGACAACAGCAACAACAGCAGCAGCAGCAGCAGCAGCAGCCGAAGCGUCCUCCUCUUCCUCUUUCUACCUCCUGCAGCCGCCAUGAAAAUAGCAUCUUUCAACAUCCAGAAGUUUGGAAGAAACAAAGUGUCUGACCCAGAAAUCCUUCAAAUUCUGGUCCAGAUAAUCCGUCGCUAUGACAUCAUCGUGAUCCUGGAGGUCGUGGAUAUCAGCGGGAUGUCAGUCCAGACCCUAAUGGAUGCACUCAACACGUCCAACGUGGCUCAUCACUACACUCUGAAGAUCAGCUGUCGCUUGGGACGGUCGCGCUACAAGGAGCAGUUCAUGUUCCUGUACAGGGAUGACUUGGUGGACCUGGUGGGCUCCUACCAGUUUGAUGACCAGGUGACCGAUAGCGGGGACGUUUUCGCCAGGGAUCCUUACAUCCUGCGAUUCAGAUGCCACAACACAGUGCUGAAGGACCUGGUGAUGAUCCCAGUUCACACCAAACCACAGGACUCUGAGACUGAGCUGGAUGAACUUUUUGACGUCUUUGAGCACGUGAAGGCGAAGUGGAGAACAGAUAACGUGAUGAUCCUGGGCGACUUCAACGCAGACGGCUCGUACGUCUCCGAGCGCGACAUGCAGAGCAUCCGCAUCCGGUGCGACAAGAACUUCCACUGGCUGAUCGGGGACGAUGUGGACACCACAGCGAGCAAUACAAACGCGCACACCUACGACAGGAUCGUCGUCUACGGAGACGACAUGUUCCACGCUGUCGUGCCAAACUCUGCCAGACCCUUCAACUUCCAGAAAGCGUUCAGCCUCAGCAAUGAGCAGGCGCUGAAGGUCAGUGACCAUUACCCCGUUGAAGUUGAGCUCAAGUCUCUGACUGAACCGCGACAGGAAACUCAAGGUCCACUGCUGGAUGGAGAGCUGCUGGAGAUGAAAAGAGGAAACCUGCUGCUGGAGAGGGAGAAGCUCAAUCUGGAGAUCCAAAUCCUCAAGAUGAAACUGGCCAAGAUGACACGUGGCGAUAAACAGACGGAUGAGCAGCCAUCUUCCAGCUGUAAGAUGUUGUGAAAUACACUGCUGGGUUUUAGGACUGUUGACUGACCGGUUUGAAAGUCACCAUGGUGCCUUCUGAGCCCAAUCACACGAUGCGAUGACACUCACUGAUUCAUUUGAACACUAUUCUACUUCAGCUCAUCUGGGGCAGCUACAAUAUUAGACAACUCAAUACCUGAGGAAACUACGUAAGUACAAUAACAUUAUGUGAAUGAAAUGGUACAAAACUUCCCAUCAAACGGUUAAGUGUGCUGAUCAACAUGAAAUACAUACAUCAUAAACUGUAAAUAGGUUUUAGUGGUCGACGCAAGUCUGACAAAACGUUUUUUUUCCAAGGGUCAAAAGUUGUAUAGGCAUAAUCAUAUAAUUAAAAAUAUUGUCAUUACAGGGGUAGGGAACCUAUGGCUCGGGAGCCAGAUGUGGCUCUUUUGGUGACUGCAUCUGGCUCUCAGACAUUUGAUAACGCCAUAAAAUGUAUUUAACAAAAUUCACUGACAUUUUAAAGUAAAACAAAUCACAGUAUUUAAAGUAACGUUCCAAAUAUAAAACUUGUUUUAUGCUUUUUAAUCCACCCAUGCAAACCAGCUGUCCUGAUAUUUUCUGGGUCAGACAUCAAAACUCGAUUAUUACUGAAUAAUGCAGUAGCCUACCCGGCUCAUUGACAAGUCAAGAAGUAGUCUUUGCUCCUUUGAUCUAAUAGCCAGCUAGCUAAUUCUGCAGAGCCUUUUGACAAAAAGAAAGAAACAUGAGUGCGGUACAAAACCAGAAGUCGCAUUAAUGGUAAGAAGUAUUUUAUUUAUUAUUGGUUAGCUUCAGUAUAAUGUUAUUAAAAAUAAUACUUUCAGAGACUUAUAUUCUAAAAUUGUUGGUAAUGUUUAAAAAUGCCCGCAUUUAGUUGUAUUGAAUGUUUAAAAAAAAAAAAAAAGGCUCUCAUGGAAAUACAUUUUAAAAUAUGUGGCUCUCUUGGCCAAAAAGGUUCCCGACCCCUGGGCUAAUAGUCAUUUUUCUCCAAAGCAGCAUGAAUGCUGAGGCACAUUCAAGAACACCGACUGAAGGUCCUUACUGUUAAAAGUAUAUGCCGCUACACUGUAGAUGUUACCUUUAGCUCCUUUCACACUGCCCUUAAAUCAGGACUUUUUAACCGGGGGUGACGGUAAUGUCUAUGUGCCCCCUUUCCAAUUUCCGAGGUAGCACUGUAUCUGGGAUGUGAGAAAGAUGCCAUGAUAAACAUCUACAACUUUCUGGUGAUUGCUGCCCCCUGUAGGUGUUUUCCUUAUUCUGACGUGCAAUGUACUGUAUUCAUUUCAAUCAUUUUGUAUCUCAAAAUAAACACUUUUGUGAUUCACUGUGAACUACUUUUGGGUUGAUUUCAAAAGAUUUUAUUGAUGUCUCUCCAUUUACAAUAAAAUACCAUAAAAAUGUAAACUUCGAAGAUUUUUUAAGUUGAUUAUUCCCAUAUCUACACGCACUGGUCAGUGGGUUAGUACAACAAAUGCAUCAGUGUGAAACCGUGAGUUACAAGCUGUACACAAAGCUCAGUUUUCUCAAAUUAUGUUUUACUUGCGGGGGGAAAAAAGGUAAACACUGCGAACUUUUAAUCGGAGCAAAAAACCAGAGUCUCAAUGAGCAAAGAUACAUUGCAGUCAUGGAAAGCGAAGCCGGGAGCGAAGUCAUAUGGAAAGUUCACUUCUUGCCUGAUUUCUUGAUGCCGCUGCUCCCUGGAGGAGAGAACAGACAGGACUGUACAUGAGAAAAACUGUUAGGACAUCAACUCAAUUUACAGCCUUGUUAUUUGUCUCCAAUGCGGGGUCACAUUGAAAAGUGUAACACGUGUAUGAUGGUCAGACGUGUUCCACAUUUCGCACUACAUGGCCUCUUGAAAGAGACAUGCAUAUCUCAGUUCAUACCGAGAGGUCCUUUUCCAGAGGCUUUGGCCUUCAAGGCUUCCAUGGCUUUCUGCUCCUCUUUCUGCUUCUGCUUGAAGGCCAUGUCAUCCUGCACACAUUGAUAAACGCUUCAAUGUACUGUAUAUAUGUUGUAUAUGUAUAUGUUUCUUAUGUUCUUUUCUUGGGAGAAUGAACAGAAUAAGAAUUUCAUUGUAUAGCAUAACUGCCUGUUUUACUAUGCAUAUGACAAUAAAACUCU